AAGCCACCAGCAGCCACCGCAGCGGGCGUCAUCGGAGGAGUGGAUGGCUGGGAAAAAAAAGAAAAAGUGACAGUCCUGUCUCAGAAUUCCCCUUUAAUCCCAGCACUGAAAUCUGAGGAUUUACUUCACCUUUUCACAAGAAACGAAGCUCCACCCACAGCAUCGUGUCUCUCCCUGUGGAGCAGCUCUAAGUUACUUCUCCGGGAAGAAAAACAUUUAAAGGAGGAUACAGAUCCUUUUAGAGCAUCUGGUCAAAACGGCCGCACGCAUGAGAGGAUGUAGAGGACGAGACUAUGGUUAGAAGGUCGUGAUGGUCGUACCCUGCACUGAGUAUGGAGAGGCACAGGCGCCUGUCCUCCUGGGGCUGUGGGAGUAUGUGAAGAGCGGACAGGAGGACGUGCUCCGCUCACCGUACCUGCCCGCGUCUUUUGCGUUCCUGGCGCACGUGCUGCUCUGCGUACCUUUCCUCGCGCUGGAUGCGCUGGGGAGCGUCUGUCAGCGGGUUCGGUCAUGGAGGAUGACCGCGGGCUCGGGUCCGCCGCCGUCUCUGAGCCGAUGGUUAGAGUGUUUCUGCAGGGUUUUGUAUAAAUACGUGACCGUGGUCCUGCCCGUCACUGCGCUCUUCAACACCCUAAUAAACCUCAAGUUACCUGAUGUGGCCCCCAGCUGCUGGCAGCUCUGCGUGGAGGUGGUGGCAUGCCUGCUGCUUUUUGACAUGCUCUUCUUCAUGUGGCACUACGUCAUGCACAGAGUUUCCUGGCUGUACCGCAACAUCCACCAGAUGCACCACCAGCACCACACUCCCUUCGCUCUGGCAGCUCAGGACUGCAGCUCGGCCGAGCUCUUGUCUCUACUGUUGCUGUCUCUGAGCAGCGCCUGGAUGGUGGGAUGUCACCCUCUCAGCGAGGCCCUCUUCCACCUCAUCAACACCUGGCUUGCCGUGGAGGACCACUGCGGCUACGACCUGCCCUGGGCUCUGCACAGACUGCUGCCCUGUCUGGGAGGAGCCCCCCACCACCACGCACACCACAGUUUGCAAAUCAUAAAUUACGCCCCUUUCUUCACGCACUGGGACCACCUCUUUGGGACGUAUCGCGCAUCGGUGCUGAAUUCACGUCCACAGUGACAAGCCUGUUGCAUUUUUUUUUUCUCAGAUUCAAUGAAGGAUGUUAUCUUUUGGCUGAUGUUAACGUGUAAUCUCACUAUUCGCUCAUUUAUUACUACACAUGUCGCAAUCAAUAAUACAAUACAAUCACAACUGAUACUUUAUGUAUGUAACCACUGUAUCGUAGGCUGUAAGUGAAGACCCCCAGCAUUUUCACCUUUGUCGCCAGAGCUUUCAGGGACUGUCAGAGACUGGAGCUGAUUGUGAAACUAAGCACCACCGGAUGCUGACUACUCCAGCCGGUGUACCCUGAUUCAUCCUUCUUUAUGACUCAAUCACAUACAAAAUGAGCUGGGUCAGUAAAGUCAUCAAGAAAGCAUUUGCUCUGGUUACAGAGCAAUGGAGCCAAAGACUGUUUACAGACACUGUGCCAUGCAACUACAAGUCUUUAUGCAACAAGAGGAGCCUGCCCCCUGCUGGCUUGUUUCAGAACUUAUAAACUGAGCUAUGGACAGGAAAUCAGAUCACCUUUACCUUGGGGAAAAAAACAAUGAGCCAUUGUAGUUAUGCUGAAGCGAGACAUGUUUCAUGCAACUGAAAAUGCACCCCACCCCCACCCCCACAUAUUCUCAUAAACUCAGAGUGACUUUGUUACUUUGGAGGAGUGAAUCCGAAACAAAGACCUGUUUAUACAACCCAGUACAGUGAAUCUCAUUUUACAGUUCAUCAAUUUAAUACUUUAAGCUCGGGCUUUUUAAUGUGGCCAGUAUAUUGUUAUUGUACAGCGGAUAACAAUCACGGCGAGGAGAUCUGGACACAUUUCAGAUCCCCCACAUCCAAAACAGAAAACUUAAUUAAAAACUAAACUGAAACAAGUAAACCAGUCCAGGCAGAGCAAAUUCAAGUGCAAGCUUUGUUUUUUGAACUCUAAAUGCAUUUAGACUGAAAAUCUUUAGACAGAUCAGCUAUUUUGUGAGGAAAAGGUAUAUAUUUUAAGUAGGCUUAGUUAGACACCUAUAUAUUUUAUUUUUCCUGUUACAUUCAGGACCUGUUUAUGAGUGAUUGUAAAGUUGUGUUGGAAAUCUGCCCGACUGCUGUAGUGAAUGAAAGCAGGACACAGACCGGGGUUUUUUGCCUCAGGCUCAUGUUUCCACCGUGCUGCUGCGGUUAGUCAUUUGUAUAGCACAUUUUGAGCCUUUCAGUAAUCAGUUAUAUGCUCUGCUAACACGGUUCCUUGGUGCCUACAGUGGGGCAAAAAAGUAUUUAGUCAGCCACCGAUUGUGCAAGUUCCCCCACUUAAAAUGAUGACAGAG